AUGGCGAUCGCGAUGCCGCCGCUGGCGAGGGCAUCACAACGUAUCCGAUAUUCCAAGAAAAGAAAGGCACCGCCGCCGCCGCCGCCGGAAAGGGACUGGGCGGAGCUGCACCCGGACCUCAUCUCCUGCAUACUCCACCGGCUAGACCAAGCCGAGCUCCUGGUCGGCGGCGUGGCGGGCGUGUGCCGCUCCUGGCGCCACGCCGCCCGGGAUGAGCCGGAGCUGUGGCGCCGGAUCGACCUGCGCGGCGGCCUCUGGUACGUCCCGCCGUUCCGCCCCAAGUUCAGCAUGGAGACCAUGGUGCGCAAGGCCCUGCGUCUCGGCGCGGGGCAGACAGAGGCCUUCCUGAGCGAGGGCGUCAGCAACCGCACGCUCCUCCUUCUUGCCGAGAGCGCACCCUCGCUGAAGAGCCUUCAUCUCAUCACAUGCUCGGUCUCUAAACAAGCAUUUGCAAAGGCGAUCAAGAUGUUACCUCUGCUUGAGGAGCUUGAGAUUUCACUACCGUCAUAUUUUGAUACACAAGAGAUGGUUGAACUAGUCGCCGGAGCAUGCCUACAGCUGAAGCACUUCAGACUUGUCAUGCAUGACUAUGAAGACAGGCGUACUAGUGCCGGGGUAGCAUCUAUGGUUGCAAGGAUGCACAAGCUACGCUCCUUGCAUCUUGUCCGCCUUAAGCUCGACAAUGAAGAGCUAGCAACCAUCCUUGAUAAGUGCCACGACCUAGAGUACCUUCACAUGCGAGAGUGCAGCCUUAUUGACAUGGAUGCCAUGGACGACAACCUACAAGUGAAGCUUGCCCAGAUCAAUAUGGAUAACCAUGAGUACUCCAGUGACCGAAUCGUUGACUAUGAGUACAUGAUUCGUUGUAUUUAUUAUGACCUCGAUGGCGGAGGUGAUUGGCUUUCCUACGAUUACAACGACGAUUCCUAUGUUGAAUAUUGCUACUACAUUGGUAGUGGUGAUGGUAUUGACGAUGCCGAUCUUGAAGAGUAUGAGAAGAUCCUCGACAUCAAGAGCAUGCGUAGGCACCUACGCUAA